AUGGGUAAUCAAUUAGCAGGCAUCGCCCCAUCUCAAAUAUUUCCGGUAGAGCGUUACUUAACAGAUCAUCCUGAAUUGAAGUUUGACACAAGUUUGGGUAGUACAAGGUUCCUGAAAGUAGCGAGGGCAGAAUCACAGGAGGGGUUAGAUGUGGUUAAAGUCUUUGCCAUACAUGACCCCUCCUUACCACUAGAAACUUAUAAAAAUCACCUGGAAGAUGUAAGGAAGAAACUCUCGUCUGCUGUAAACUGCAUUCCCUAUCAAAAAAUAAUCCUAACAGACAAGGCAGGGUUAAUUAUACGUGAAUAUGUUAAAUAUAGUUUGUAUGACCGUUUAAGUACGAGGCCAUUCUUGACAAACAUCGAGAAACGCUGGAUUACAUUUCAGAUUUUAUAUGCUUUGCACCAGUGUCACAAAGUGGGAGUGUGCCAUGGUGACAUAAAACUUGAAAAUAUCACGGUGACUUCGUGGAACUGGGUUUUACUUGUAGAUUUCGCUUCAUUUAAACCGACUUUCAUCCCAGUGGAUAAUCCCGCAGAUUAUUCUUACUUUUUUGAUACCUCUCGAAGACGAACUUGUUUCAUUGCUCCUGAGAGGUUCUCUAGUAGUACCAGUACAACGUAUUCUGAAAGUAGCAAUGUAAUCACUGAAGCUACUUGUGAUUCCAGUGAUCUAACACCUGCUAUGGACAUUUUCUCUGCUGGAUGCGCUUUAUUGGAGUUGUGGAACGAAUUACAUGUUCCAUUUGAGUAUUCACAAUUAUUGGCUUAUCGUUCUGGUAAAUAUUCCCCUCAAAAACAUUUGGACAAACUGGAAGAUCCCGAUUUAAGAGUAUUAAUCUCAAGCAUGAUAGAAAAAGAACCAAGCAAGAGACAUUCUGCAGAGGAUUACUUAGCUCAACACAGAGGCACACUCUUCCCUGAAUACUUUUUUACAUUCUUGCAGUCUUAUAUGUUGAUAUUCUCAGCUACUCCGAUUUUAUCUCCAGACGAGAAAAUAAUGCGUUUGAAAAAUGACAUCAAAAGCAUUUUCAAGUUUCUAGGACCCAAAUCACAAGACGAGAAAGGAAAACAGAAAGACGAGUGUGAAGGUCUCGUCCUUAUCACAUCACUAGUGACAUCUUGUAUUAGGGGGUUACACGAUUGCUCCUCAAAAUUAUUUAGUUUAGAAAUUCUACUAGAGCUUGCUUCUCAUGCUAGCGAUGAAACCAUACUGGAUAGAAUUUUACCUUACAUCAUGUUUUUGGGUCAUGAUUCUUCUACGAGAGUAAAGAUAUCGGCCAUAAAUACAAUCACGAAGUGUCUGGACUUGGUGGUGAAAAUACCACGAUCAGAUGCCAAUAUAUUUCCCGAAUACAUCUUGCCAGAGUUAGCUCCAUUGGCAACGGAUCCCAAUACUUGCGUGCGUGCAGCGUAUGCCAAAAAUAUAGCAAAAUUAGCAGAAAUCUCCCUCAGAUAUCUAGAACAAAUACAGAAUGACUGGUACGACCACAGCAGCAUCAACAAAAAAGAUACCUUUAACUACGAGUUGGAAUUGCAAGCUUUGCAUGAGAUGAUAUCGCAGACAGUGAGUGCGCUACUGACUGAUACACAAUCAAAUGUAAAACAAACACUGGUAGACAGCGGCAUUACCAAAUUGUGUGUAUUCUUCGGAAAAGCUAGAGCAAACGACGUUAUCCUCUCUCACAUGAUAACCUUCCUAAAUGACAAGGAAGACAGAGAAUUGAGGGGUUCCUUUUUCGACUGUAUUAUUGGCGUUGCGACUUACAUCGGUUGGCCAUGUGCUGGAAUCUUAACCCCUCUUUUAUUACAGGGCCUUACAGACUGUUCCGAGUUUGUAACGGCAAAAAGUAUCAACGCUAUGGCGGCUCUGACAGAACUAGGUCUAAUGUUCAAACCGGCUAUUUGCGAACUGAUCACUGAAUGUUCAUAUUUCAUGGUACACCCCAAUCUGUGGAUACGUCAGGCGGUUGCUGGUUUUAUCGCAACUGCUGCAAAAACGUUAUCGUUGUUGGAUGUUCAAUGUAAACUAAUGCCUCAUUUGAGUGUCUAUAUGAAGUAUCCUCUGAUACAAAUUGACAAGCCUGAGUUAGUGCUAGAGUCGCUUGUAAGUCCAAUUCCGAGGAUCGUGUAUGAUAGUGUGGUAGCUUACUCAGAGAUUGAUAUACUUCUGGAUGUGCUGAAAGAGAGGAAAACUCUGAGAGAUUGUGUAAAUACCGGCAAGGUUCCUAAUACAGAUUUGUACAGGGAGUCAAAUUCAAGUUUGAAAAAUCUGUUCCGAAGACUAGAAGCAAACGGUAUGAACGAAACCAUUGAAGAGCACUUUUUGAGGAUGGAACAUCACCUGAAAAAAAUUCAUAAACAUAAAACUAAUGCCGAAGCAAGGCAUAGUCGGCAGAUUGAUGGAAAAAUUGAACUUAGUUCUUCUUCUAGUAUUGUUAAAAGCCACAUUUUAAACUUAAACGAUUCUCAGAAAGGGGAAUUUAUGCCAACCAGCGCUGAGGUACUUACGAGACAGUCGGAAAGUACCAACUCGGGGGGGCCGUCAUCCAGGUCUACUUCUAGCAGACCGUCUUCCCCUCCGAUAGACGGUCACAAUCAAUUCAUUAGCACAGACCCCUCUUCCAACAUCAGUCUUCACGAGAGAUCGUAUAUUCAGUAUCGAAGAUCAAGUUGCUACAUAGAACUAGCAAAUUUGAAAAACAGGCAGCAAGAGCAUUAUUUUGAGGCUUUAAGAAGCAAAGAAUGGGAAGAGCAAGCAACAUGGCGGCCUCAGCUACCGCCUCCUGGUUGGCAGCUGAGAGGAGUCCUAGUUGCUCACCUCCACGAACACAGAGCAGCGGUAAAUAGACUGUGCACUCUUCCGGAUACCCCGCUAUUCGCUAGCUGCUCUGCAGAUGGAUCUAUUAGGCUUUGGGAUUGCGCAAAAUUGGAGGGAAAAACUAUCGCGAACAGAUCCAAGCAGCAAUAUAAAAUGACAUCGGGAUCGUCUAUCAUUGGUAUGACGGUCUGCGAAGGUGGACAGUCUUUAGGGGCGAUUUGUCAGGAUGGUACCAUUAAUAUAUUAAGGGUUGAUUCUGCAAGUAACAAGAUGAAUUUAGUGCAGUCGCGCCAUCUAGAUGGAAACGAAGAUGGUUUCGCAGUAGAUGUGAGCUGUUUAGAUUCUGGCUCACAGAGUGUUGUGGUCUACGCAACAUUAUACGGGUCGUUAGUCGGGUGGGAUCUGAGGGCUCCGGGUGUUGCCUGGAGGCUGGAAAACGGACUGAGGAAGGGACAUAUCACUACAUUUUGCGUAGAUGCUCAUCAAAGCUGGUUGACGCUUGGUACGAGCAACGGAUAUCACACCACAUGGGAUCUGAGGUUUCAGCUGCCUAUCACCAGUAUAGAACAUCCGUCAGGUGGGGUUAGAAUUAGAAGAGUGGUAUCACAUCCAACAGAACAUUCUUGGGUGAUGUCAAGUAUACAGGGCAACAACGAAGUGUCGAUGUGGAAUAUAGAAACCGGUUUUCGACAGAAAGUAUUAUGGGGCAGUACCGCACCACCUUUGUCAAAAACUGGUUCUAGUAAUAGUGUAUGCGCCAUGUUAGGGGGCUGUAUUGACCGUUCACCUUUCACUCUGACGGGAGGUACAGAUCAAAGGUUAAGAUUUUGGGACUUGGAAAACCCCGCGGACUCUUUUCUGGCAAUACCAGCUGCUAGUGACCCAGUUGGAACAACACUAGGUUACAGAAGUCGCCUCAUUGACGGAACACAAGUGAUCUACGAAGAAUCCGGCAAUGUUCGCAAAGCUGACAGGAAUGAGGAGGUGCCCAGGGCCGGCCCGGAUCCUCCCCCAGCAGGACACAGAGACUGCAUUUCUGACGUGGUGCUUUGCAAAGCUUCCCAAUGCUUUUUAGUGACCUCAUCGAGAGAUGGCGUCGUAAAAGUGUGGAAGUAAUAAGAUAGUGUAGAUAAUACAGAUAUUUAAGUGAUAUUUUUAAGUGUUAGGUAGUAACACUGCAUAUUGUGAUUUAUUUUAAGGAUAUAUUUAUUGUUAAUAUUAUUUUAUCAUUACAAUUUUUUUUA